UUGACGUCAUCGGGGGGGCGUGACCUAUGGCGGAAGUGCAGGUGGAUCUGUGAGUUGCGCUCGCAGAAUGUAGAGCGUCAAUUUCACACAAUAACAGACAGAUAUCAACCAUGGCCCUCAACAACAAUCAUUCUGAAUCUGGAGGUGUUAUCAUCAACAACAGCGAAAGUGUCUUGAUGUCAUAUGAGAAUGUGGAGCUGGUGUUCAGUGACACAGAACGCUUGCCAGAAGCCUUCAGAAAAAGCAAGAAGGGAAGCAUCUACCUGACACCUUACAGGAUGAUCUUCGUGACUAAAGGGAAGGACCCUCUACAGUCUUUCAUGAUGCCAUUUUAUCUUAUGAAGGGCUGUGAGGUCAAACAGCCAGUACUUGGUGCCAACUACAUCAAGGGCACGAUCAGCGCCGAGCCUGGAGGUGGCUGGGAAGGUUCUGCAACCUAUAAGUUGAUUUUUGCUGCCGGAGGAGCGAUUGAGUUUGGACAGUACAUGCUACAGGUGGCAGCACAGGCAUCCAGAGGGCAACCGGUGACUGUAAAUUACGGCUGUCCUUACAUGGCGAACGGUGCGUACGCUUACCCUCCUCCUCCUCCUGCUAACGGCAUGUAUUCGGCCACACCUCCUCCACCUGGAUACGCCUACCCUGGACCUCCUCCUCCAGGUGGACUUUACCCCAAUCCUCCUGGCUUUGAUGGACCAGCAGCCUACAUGCCUCCUCCACCGUAUACAGCUCCGAUGAACCACGCUUCUCCGGACCCAGACCUGCCCAGAACCCCCGCAGCCGAAGCAAAAGCAGCUGAAGCUGCAGCCAGUUCAAGCGUGUCUACUUUUGCUCCGACACGGGUCUACCUGCCCGAGGACAAGCCUCCACCCUACUCCCCACCUGAAGACAAGAAGAACCAGUAGACGUGUCUGCAGCGAGCGCACAUCCUCUCCUCUCCCUCCAUUCCCUUCAUCUCAUCCUCUCUUCCCCUCACCAUCUCCAGUUAAACGCCCCGCUGCACAGACUCCCGGUGAGGCAGCACGCAGUGACCGGGGGCUCCAGCAGGGGCGCAGUGCUCUGCAUUAACAUGACCUGGCCUAUAUAGAGGGACGAGAGAGAGAGACACAUGAAUAAAACAACUUUAAUGAAUUCACAGCUGGUGAAUGAGAGGGACCGACUGUUAGCUUUCUAACCGACAGUAAAUGAUUGAGCUUUUCUAAAUUUGAAAAUUAGUAUAUUUAGGAGACAUUUAUGAGUGAUUUUGUAUAGAUCGAUUGAACAAGGUUUGAAGUAUUUUGCUAGUUGCACAAGAGUUAAGGCCCAAAAACACUGGGGCGUUCACAUUAACAGCUCUUCCGGUCGUUGUUCAUUCUCGACUGCUGCGUCCAGCGUUAUUAGAUGGAAGAUCGUUGGUUGUUGCCACUCACCUGUUACUCAACACUCAAGCAGUCGCUUAAAUCUGUCAUUCUUUGAAAAGAAAAGACAUUUCCGGAUGCUUAGAUGCUGCAAAUCAAAUGCGAACGCCCUUUACUACACAUUCCGUCGUCAAAUGCAUCACUUAAAGAAAUAGCGGAAAAUGAAAAAUUGCUGAAAAUUUACUAAGCCUCAGGCCAUCCGAGAUGUAGAUGAGUUUGUUUCUUCAUUAGAUUUGGAGAAAUGUAGCAUUCCAUCACUUGCUCAUCAAUGGAUGCUUUGCAGUGAAUGGGUCCCGUCAGAAUGAGAGUCCAAACAGCUGAUAAAAACAUCACAAUAAUUUACACCACUCCAGUCCAUCAGUUAACAGCUUGUGAAGUGAAAAGCUGCGUGUUUGUAAGAAACAAAUCCAUCUGUUGCUUCUGGCCAAAAUAUGAGUCCAUAAUCUAUAAUUAACACUUCCUCCAGUGAAAAAGUCCUUCCCCUGUUGUCCAUAGCUGUUUUGGCUUGUAAACGGUGUUUGAUCUGUACAUAUUUCUCUACUGAUUCAGACUAGAUGACUUUUUCACUCUAGAAAGCAAUAUUUUGAAUAGAGGAAUGAAGUAACGUUUUGAAGUUAAAAACGUCUUUAAGAUGUAUUUGUUAAGGCAUUAAUUGAUGCACUGGAGUACUUGUGGAUUAUUGUGAUGUUUUUAUCAGCUGUUUGGACUCUCAUUCUGACGGCACCCAUUCACUGCAGAGCAUCCAUUGCUGAGCAAGUGAUGGAAUGCUACAUUUCUCCAAAUCUGUUCUGGCGAAGAAACAUCUACAUCUUUGAUGGAGUAAAUUUUCAGCAGUUUUUCAUUUUUAGGUGAACUAUUCCUCCAACUAAAACCUUUACAUGCUACAAGUCUUUUUUAUACAACAGUUCUGGGUCUUGAUUCUGAUUGGAUGAGCUGUUAGUUUGCUGUUGCUCUGCAACAUGCAGUGGUUGAUUCCACUUUGGCUUCUUUUGCAAUCAUUUUCAUUGCCGGAGCAAAAACCAAGUAAUCAAAUCAACUGAGCAUUGUCUAAAAUCACCUUCACAAACACUACAUAAUGUAUAUCUGAUGAAGCUCGUUUCAGACGGUGUUCUGCAGCAGUGUGUACUAGUCUUGGCAUCUCUGUAGCAUGCAGCAGUUAGACUAAAGAUGCACUUUAACCCUACAUGCACCUUCAGUCUCCUGGACAGAGUUUGUUGAUUCUUUUCCCCCCUAAUUUAUUUAAUUAUACAUUUAAUCAGUUACGCAUGGUCUUGACUGUAUUGUGUUAUUUAAAGUGUAUUUUAUUAAAGUAAACCUGUACAAGUGGAA